UGAGCUGCAGAAACCUCGUCUGAUAAACGCCCAAGACAAUGGUGCUAUCUGGAUAUUCCAGGCACGAAGUAGAGAAAUGAAACUGAGCAGAGGCAAAUGGAACAGUUCAUUUAGGCCCAAGUUGUCACCAUCCUCAAAUCCACAGGGAUGAGAUCGCCGAUAGUCAGCUGGGCAGCGGUGUGUCUCCAGUUGUUGCUGAUCCCUUACCAGACAUGUCAGCUCAUGUCAGUCUGAUGCUCUUGAAAAAGGGCUAAUGGAAUUUGACCACUGUUUCCAACAGAACAUACAAAUGUUAUCAUUUUGGACUACAGCCCCCAGAAUCCCUUAGCCAGGCUGGCCACUUAGCUGUGCCAGCCAAGGGAUCUUGGCAGUUGUAGUUCCAAAAAAGGACCAUUACCAAGGCAUGAAAAGUAACCAUCAUUCUGUUUUCUUCCAUGUGAGUUAGACCAUAUCUGGAGAACUCUGUGUCCAGUCCCAGGUGUUGCCAUUCAAGAAACUCCCUAGGAUGUGGGGAAAGAUAUGCACAUCCCAAGGUGUGUCCAACACAAACCUGGUGCCUCUGGGGUUGGUGUGCCAAAAUGAUGCAACUGCCACACCACAGCUCCUGACCAAAACGAGAACCCAGACAGAGCAAGGUUUGUCUGGGAAAGGCUCUCCGACGCAACCGUUGGCAUCCAAGCCGUCUUGGAUAAGUACUGAUCUUGCCCAACGUAGUGGUGGUUUCCCCACUUUGUUUUGUUUGACGUCUCCUUGGCUUAAAAAGGAAGCCAUAGCCUCUGUGUCACCCCUGCUUUCUCCAUCCCUCAACCCUUCUCCUCCCCAACUCCGUCUGGGAACAGCUCUGCCCUGGUGGCUGAGGUGGCAUUUCCUCCCUGGGCUGGAGGAGAUGACAAGGCUUGGCCUGUUUGCAUGGAAGCGGCUGGUAAAAUUGUCUUGCUGGCUGCUGCUCCUGCCGGCCCCUCCUCUGUGGCUGUGGGCAGGAGGUGGAGUCGGACAGUCCCUUCUUUAAUUUUUGCCUUUUCCAGAAAAGAGGAAGGCUGGACCACAGCAGAGUUUAAACCCCGUGGUGGGAGAGGAACAGCCUCGCUCCACAGAGCUGGCAGCCUGAAGCGUGUGGCCAGAGAAAGGAUGCAGCUAGAAUAUCCCAGGCCGCUUUCUUCUCACUCCCUCCGGCCUCCCAUCUGCAAGACCCCAGGAGGAACCAGUGAAGUGGCCAUGGGCCUUUCCAGGUACUCUUCCCCGGAGCCCUUCCUGGGCUCUCGAUUGCAGGCCACCGAUGGCACCAAGCCACCCUACAGUUACAUUGCUCUGAUCACCAUGGCCAUCCAGAGCACCCCGGAGAAGAGGAUCACGCUCAAUGGGAUCUACCGCUACAUCAUGGCCCGCUUCGCCUACUACCGUGACAACAAGCAGGGCUGGCAGAACAGCAUCCGCCAUAACCUGUCGCUCAAUGAGUGUUUCGUCAAGAUGCCCCGCGAUGACAAGAAGCCUGGCAAGGGGAACUACUGGACACUGGAUCCUGACUGCUAUGACAUGUUUGAGAACGGGAGCUUCCUGCGACGCCGGAGGCGUUUCACUCGGAAGCGAGGGCCAACACAAGUGUCUACAGAAGGCAAGGAACCCAAGAAGCUCUCCAAAAGUCAGCCUGGGUUGAACGGUCAGACACUGGCAUGCAAGGCCAUCAAGAUAGAAGAUGGUCACUCUUCGCCACCUACACCAGCCAGUCUGCUCCAGAGUUCCUGCCAGGAGAUGCCAGGUCCUGCAAAGCCCCUGCCCUCGGAGAUGCUCACUUCUGGCCAAAGCCACAGCGACCCAACACUUUGCCAGGAACAGGUGGGCACUGGAAGCCUGGCAUGUGCCAAGCUCUAUAUGUCCAAGCCUAGGCCACCAGGCCUCCAUCCACAAAGCCUGUCAGGGCCCAAGCCGCACCUCUACAACCAAGAGCCCUGCUUCUCUUCCCAGCCAGAUUGCUCCCAGGGCAAAGAGAUUGCCCAACAGGCUGGAAAUCUAGUGCUGGGCAUCCACCUUGGUGACCAGAUGGUGCCCCAGCAGCCCACUCUGCCAAGGACAGAGGUCAAGGAGAUUCUCCAAAGCCCCCACAGAGGUCUUCCAGGGCCACCCAAGAAUAGUCCAGAAGGGAAGGAGGCAUCCCAGAACUUUGGCCAAUUGGCUCCUUCCUUCCCAGCCCUCCUGGGUCCAAGCAGAGCCUCCCAGCCUUCGCCCACCUGCUUCCCAACAUUUGAAACUGAGGGCUACCCCAAGCCUUCGGUGUUGCCUGUCUUUGGCUCUUUGGGCUAUUCCAAUCCCGAUGCCCUUGGUGGGAAUUACCAGUGCCGCCUGCAAGCUUUGAACUUCUGUGUCAACGAACACAGUCGCAGCACAGCCUUGGAACAUCUCUUGGCUUCUCCCCCAGCUUCAGCUGUCUCCUCUUCUUCCUCCUCGGCUCCAGCCAUUCAGCCAUCCACUUUCAUGCAGCUCCAUGGAGAACAAGAGUCCUGGUCCGGAAACACCUUCUCCCUCCAAGGAGGGAAUGGGUAUCCUCUGAGUCUGCCACACUGCCUCUAUCGGACUCCGGGAAUGUUCUUCUUUGAGUGACCAGGGGGUUGCUAGAACUGGGGGAGGAAGAGGAAAGGUCUUUUGGUGGAGGCAGACUGCACUGGAGGAGAGGGCCCUGGGCAUCCAUGUAAGUUAUUGACUCCUGCCUGGCAGAGGCAGAAGGAACCCAAAGGGACUCUGUUUGUAGGCAUUUUGGUCCUCUUCAGAAAGUAUCAUGCUGCUGUGUCCAACACACUUGUUUUGACUAAUGGAAUAAAUGCACA